CAGCAAAACAAACCGAUAUAAAACAGUUGGUACCAGAGAAAGAGUUAACAUCAAGCUAUAAGUAUGAUAAAUGACAGAAUGGAUCCUAUUAACAGCAACCCAAAGCAGAACCACAUGAAGCUAGUGAUAAGAAAGAGGUGUAAGUAUCAAGUGAGGUGGUUCUAUUCAAAAGGAGCUUUUCUUGUUCUACUGUGGACUACACUUAUCAGUGCAACUGUGGGGUCAUAUCAAUUUGGAGGAAGGCUCAUCAUAGGAUCACAUCGGAAGAAUGUUUCUAUAGUGCUCAUGGCACUAUCAUGUUUAACUUGUAUUACCAUUCCACUGCUAGGAUGGUUAGCAGAUGCUAAACUUGGAAACUACAGAGUUUUUAAAGUAAGCUGCUUUUUUUUACUAGUUGGAGCAAUCAUUAUUUCCAUCAAUGUUCUAUGCUUUCCUAUGCUAAACUCUGUUGCGCUACAGAACACAAGUGCUGUCAUCACAGUACCAGUAUACGCAGUGGGUAUAGCAAGUAUAGCAGUUUGUAUAAUGACAGCCUUACAACUUGGUUUAGAUCAAAUGCCAGAUGCUUCUUCCACCAACCUUUCAAGUUUCAUCAGUUGGUUUGUGUUUUCAAUCAAUUUGGGGUUCUGGAUUCCUGAGUUGCUAUUGUAUGCACUCCUUUAUUGCACACAUUUUUCAAAUCUCAACAGAUCACAAUUAUUCAGCUUUUUUCCAGUAAUGUGUUUGGUAAUUAUCUGCUCUACAAUGUUUUUGCUAGCUCCAAAAUGGCUAAUUAUAGAGCCAAAGUCACCUCGAGCCCUCAAAACCAUUUACAAAGUUCUUAAGUUUGCAGCCAAGCACAAGGCUCCUAUUUAUCGCAGUGCUCUCACAUACUGGGAGGAAGACGUACCCUCUAGACUAGAUCUGGGAAAAACAAAAUAUGGUGGACCAUUCACUACAGAGCAAGUUGAAAAUGUCAAAACCUUCCUAAGAAUACUUAUGAUAUCUUUACCAAUAUUGAUUAUUUUAUCAGCACGUGGGUAUAUGAAUCCACACAGUUUCAUGGCUGACAGUGGUGAUGUGGGAAGGCUUAGCAUAGAAGUACUGCAUCUUAUCAACUCCAACAUCACUGCAUGCACAUCAAGCAUGGUAUACACUUUCAGCGUCAACCCUUGGUGGAGUGGUAUCGUUACAACAGUUGUCUACGAGUUUGCAUUGUAUCCAUUCAUAAGAAACAAAGUACCCAGCUCUAUCCGGCGAAUUGGAGGUGCGGCUCUACUCAAUCUGAUACUGAAUAUUCUAUAUUUGGCUGCACAAUUCUGUCCACAUGUAUGGGGAUUAGUAUUACAUUGUGUCGUGGCAUUUCUCAAUGGCGUCAUGUUUGUAGUCAUACUAAAUGGCAUGCUAGAAUUUGUGUGUGCCCAGUCACCAUACAACAUGCGAGGACUUCUGACUGGCUACAUGAUGUUUCUAUUAUUUUUAUCAUUUUCUCUGAAUAAUUUUAGUGGAUUACUACUAUUUUCGAAUCAUACAUUAUAUUUAGAUCACAUUAUCCGAUCAAUAUAUACUGCACUGAGUGUGAUUGGAUUGGUCCUGUACUGCCUCCUGGCUCGCUGGUAUAAGAGGAGAGUUAGAGACGAGGACUACAAUGCACACAGAGUGGUGGAGGAGGUCUAUGAUCGAUACCUUGCAAGUGUGACAAUUAAUUAGACAUUAAUAACUGUGCCUCUAUAAUUUAAAGCUUAUCAAAUUACCCAAUAGUGUAGUGUGUGUUUUGUGUACACCGACAAACUCUUUUAUAUUUAGAAUGCUAUCAUUCAACUAUAUCUGAAAACACACACCUUAUUUCCAAUAAUAAUAAUUAUGCUUAUUUGUUCCACAAUGUUUUUGUUAGCUCC